UCAUGGUCGGUCAUGGAACUGCUGCAGUUCACAUGUCUGCUUUUACUUUUCAGCUUGAAAUGUUUGACAGGUUUUGGCCAGCAGUGUGGGGGUAACCAGUGGCAGUGUGAUGAUGGAGCUUGUCUGCCUCUUUCCUGGCACUGUGAUGGAAAUGGAGACUGUAUGGAUGGCUCUGAUGAAAUGGCCUGCCCCUGUCCUAGGGGCCAGGUUGCCUGCAUGGCCGGGGCUCCUGGUUGUGUAAGUACCUCUGCAGUAUGUGAUGGGCAGCGCCAGUGUUCUGAUGGAUCUGAUGAGUUUAACUGCCCAGAGAACCAGGGCUGUCUGCAGGGGGACUGGAGGUGUAGGAAUAAGAUCUGCAUCCCCAAGGACCAAUACUGUAAUGGUGCUAACGACUGUGUGGACAACUCUGAUGAGGCCUGUGGCCAGUGUGGGCCAAUGGCUGUGCGUUGUCCUGGAGGGGCGUGUCUGACUGAAGAUGAGAGAUGUGAUGGAAAAUUGCACUGCUCUGAUGGCAGUGAUGAACCCUCUACCUGUGGGAGGACCUGUUCAGAAGAGAACGGUGGCUGCAGUCACUCCUGUGUGGAUCAGCCCUGGGGAGCCCUCUGCUCCUGUCCUAAAGGCCAUAGGCUGUCUGCUAACGGAGCCUCCUGUCUGGAUGUGGAUGAAUGCGCUCUGCCUUAUGGUCCAUGCAUGCACUUGUGUCAACACACCCGGGUCCUUCUACUGCCACUGCCGAGAUGGCUUCCAGCUUCAAGGAACCACCUGCUAUGCUAAAGGAAAUUAUACAAAGUUUCUGACUACAAAGAAGGGAACUAUCGGAUUUCUGAAUCUGAAGACUCUGAGAUUCGAGUCCAUUCAGAGUAUUGGCUAUGAUCCUCUGGCCCUGGCCUUUGACCUCUCCAGGAGCUCAUUCUACUGGGCUGAUAACCAGGGGAACAUCUACAAGGCUAAGGAGCAGCAGCGCAGGAUCCUUUA